AAGAGCCAGCAGCUUUGGAGGUCAAAGAAAAGAAGAAGAAGAAAAAAACAAAAGGACUUGGGACCGUGCGGGGUAGCUCAAUGUCCCUAAACCACCUCAAAUUCUGAUCAUGGCACGGUCUGCCUGCUGAGUUUGCCCAAACUUCAUUAUGAUACGCCCGGGUACGUUAGUACAUGAUCGACUGGCAUACUACAAUUCUGCAGGCGGACUCGCAAACUCGCACCGGUUCACAGGUGGUAAAAUUUGCCUUUGGUGUCACCUGCGCAUCAUUAUUUUCUUUUCUCUUCUCUGUUCAUAUCAGCUCAAAUCACAUAUUGAUAUCAUUUCAUUUCAUUUCAUUUCAUUUUUUUUUUUUUCACUUUUCCCCUUUUCUUUAUUUAUUUGUCGGGUUUACAUUGGUAUCUUUCUAUUUUGAUUCCUUAUUCAUGUAUGUAUGUAUGUAAUGUUUUUGGACCAGGGUCCUCACUCAUACAUGAUAUGAUAUCAGACAGAUUCAAAUCUACCAGCGGAGUAUGCAUAUAAU